UCGUGCUGGUUCACAGCUGGAACCCUUGCCCAGGCAGUUGUUUCUCAGUUGGGACACUCCGGAGGACUCGUCUGAGAUCGCCUCUCCCCUAGGGUCCAUUCCUGCUGGGAUCACCCUCUCCUGGGGAUCAUUCCUGCUGGGAUCAGGCUUCCCGGGGUUCAUUCCUGCUGGCAUCCCCCCCCACUCCACCCCCCAACACACAGUAGUUCGAUUCCCUGCUGGGACCCCUAUCCCAGGGCAGCUCCGGACUUCAGUCAAAGCAGCAGCGAGGGAGGGCCGGCGAGCCUCUUCCAGAUAGUCCCGGCGAAAGACUUCUGAUCCCGGACUGCGCGGGGAACCGGCGCCGGAUCCAGAGCCCCAGGAGGAGCUGAGGCCGGGCACACGGGCCAUGGUGGAACAUUUGACCAUAAUGGUUUGGUUCGUGUUGGGCAUCCUGCUCCCAUCUCUAGUUGUGGCAGCACCACCUCCCAUCAAUAAACUGGCUCUGUUUCCUGAUAAGAGUGCCUGGUGUGAAGCAAAGAACAUCACCCAGAUAGUUGGCCACACCGGAUGUGAGUCAAAGUCCAUCAAGAACAGAGCAUGCCUCGGCCAGUGUUUCAGCUACAGUGUUCCCAACACCUUUCCACAGUCAACUGAAUCCCUGGUUCACUGUGACUCCUGCAUGCCGGCCCAGUCCAUGUGGGAAAUUGUCAAGUUAGAAUGUCCUGGCAACGAGGCAAUGCCCAGGGUGGACAAGCUGGUGGAGAAGAUUCUACACUGCAGCUGCCAGGCGUGCGGGAAGGAACAACACCAAGAUUCCCAACUCUUUAAUGGAAUUCUGAAUGAGGAAGAGGUUGUUGCAGGAGUGGCUGAGCCCUUUCACCACAAGAAAGAAGCUGCUCUCAAGCACGGCAGAGAAGAAGCCUAGCAAAAUGGACAUUUUGAUCAAGAAAAAGUGAAGACGUGGUAUAAAAUUUCAGUUUGUUUUAUUUGUCGAGGAUUUAGAAGAGAAAAAAAAUCAAAGUAUAACAAAAUUUUUAAAACCAUGCAGACUUAUUUAAAGAGAAAGUCUUUAAAGAAUAGCAUUUGUUGUAGAAAUCCCAUUUAGAUAAUAAUAUAUACCUCACCAAGUUCCAGCAAGGUACAAUUAGAAUUUGAUGACCAGUGUUGAGUUCACAUUACCAGUAAUCAAAGCUUUUUUUUUGCCACAGAAAUCCCUGUAUGUAGCCAUUUCAAAUUCAUAACUGUCUGUAUAUAAAAUUAUAGUUUGUAAAUCUGUGUAAACUUUUUUUUCCAGAACUCUUGCAUUUUAUACUCUGGUCAUCUGGACAUAGAGAAAGGAGAUAAAAUGCAGGGAGAAAGAAACGGUGUGAGAGCUAUGGAGAUGGAGGAUCAGAUCAGAUCCAGAUUUAUGUAUCACAUGUACAUUGUAACAUCCAGUGAAGUACGUCAUUUGCUUUAACAAACAAAACAUCCAGGGAUGUGAUGGGGGGGCAGCCCACACAUGCUGACGUCAAACAUUAGAGCAACUAACAUGACCGAGACCCCAAGACUAGAGAUUCUCUCUCUCUUUUACUCCCACCUUAGCGUGCGCGCGCGCACACACACACACACACACACACGAAGGCAGGCAGUGCCUCACUGGGACAUAGAAAGAGGGCGUUAAGUAAACACACAUUCAAUGCACACAAAGAGUAAAUCGAGACAAUUACGGUGAAUGAACAUAUGUAAGCAUGAUGGUCACACUCAGUAUUGUAAUAAUUUUAUGUAUUGCACUGUACUGCUGCUGCAAAAAAAAACAAAUUGCAUAACAUAUGCGAGCGAUGAUAAACCUGAUUCUGAUGUGGGUCUCUGAGAGUGGGAAGGGGGCAGGGAGAGGCGAAUUAUGGUUGGGAAAGGGGAAGGGGAGAGGGGAGGAAGUGGGAAGCACCAGAGAGACAUUCCGUAAGGAUCAAUAAACCAUUUGUUUGGAAUCGAAUGACCUUGCCUGGUGAAAAAAAAAUCUCAUGCUUUCCGGGCGUAUCUGCAAUGAUUUUAGCCAAUGUUUCGAUGACAAGCUCUGCCAUCUUCAUCAGGCAUGAUGCUCAGGCAUAUCUGGUCCGGUGGUAUUUAUAGCCCCAUCGUCCAUCCCUCCUGAUUGGUUAGUCCUCAACCAAUCAGGUUUCCGCUGCCCCACCUUGUUUACAAUCGAAUCCCAGUUCCUACUUGGAGUGAGACCUUCGUCUUUGUUAAAGUUCUUAUUCUCUAGUCUUAUUUCAAUAACUUCCUCCACCAGGCGGUCCCAAAAGCCAUUAGUGCGGCACAGAAUUGACGUUCCUACAGAACGGCCACAAAGGCAAAGGAAAUGAAUUGGGCCUUUCAAAGGGCUGACGGAAAAACCGGGAAUCUGACAUUGAGGAGGAACCCAUCGCUACCGCCUGUCUUCCCUAUGUCUCCAUGGAAGGAUCACCAGGUUCCUGAAGAAAUACCAGAUUAAUACCAUCCACAAACCCAUAACGAUAAGGAAGCCCAAAUCACAGCUUAUGCAGGUCAGAGGUGAACUGGGAGUCAGGUUGGCUGGUGUUUACAGGAUUCCCUGUGAACGCGGACCAGUGUAUAUUGGCACGGUGGAAACCCACAUCAAGAAUCACAGGAGCUGUAUCCGUUUGGGUUACCCAGAGAAAUUGGUGGUAACAGAACAUUGUAUUCGCAAUGGCCGUAGGAUUAACUUCGACAGCACAGAACUACGGUGCCACGCCUGGUGAAGGAAGUCAUUGAAAUAAGACUAGGGAAUAAGAAUUUUAACA